ACAUAAAACACCAGUGAGGAAAAUGAAUAUUGACGAAGAAUUUAAACAUUUGUUGAAGUGGGGACGUUACCAAACUGUGAUUUAUGCCAUUGUGUUUACUGCUUGUGUCCCAAAUGCUUUUACGACUUUGCAUUUUGCAGUAAAUCAUUUUGAACCAAACCACCGCUGUAAAUUACCUCCUGAAAUUGAAAGCAUAUUGAAAAACAAUUCGAACGACAGUGAAAAAAUUCUCGACUAUUAUAUACCCAAGGAAGUUGACGAUUAUGGAGAUUUAGUUAGAAGUAAAUGUCACAUGUAUAACGGAUCAUAUUCUACAGAACUGCCUCCAAUACACAUUAAUCAGUCGUCUGCAGACAUUAUAUCAUGCACAAAUGGAUACACAUUUGAUAUACUGCCCAAUCAUGAUACUGCAGUAACUGACUUUGAAAUGGUUUGUAGCAAUACCUGGAAAGGACCUCUAGCGAUAACGGUCUUUCAAUCUGGAAUGGCAUGCGGAUCGAUAGCUGGCAUGCUUGCUGAUAGGUAUGGUAGAAGACCAGUGUACUUGAUUGCGACUUUCGCUCAGAUUGGAUCGAUGGCCUUCACGGCUGCGUCACGGGACUACUACUUAUAUUUGGUCGCCGUUUAUCUGAGUGGUGUGACUGGAUUGAUAAACUUUGUUGCUGCUUUUGUGCUGGCAACAGAAGUUAUUUCGGUGAAAUCAAGAAAUUUUAUGGCAGUUGGUACAAUGUAUGCAUUUUCUGUCGGAUAUUGCAUUGUUCCUUUGAUUUCAUAUUACACGCAAAACUGGCGUUCGUACUUUUGGGCAUCUAUGACAAUAGCCAUCGUGCUAUAUCUACCGGGAUACUGGCUGUUCCCCGAAUCACCACGUUGGCUAAUGACAGUGGGUCGGACUAAUGAUGCGAUAAAAGAAAUGGAGAAAAUGGCAGAAGCAAACAAAAAAAAGAUUGAUUUUGCAGAAUUGAGAAAGGCACAUACUCAUAACAUGAUGACAAGAUCAUCAGGAUUAAUCGAAACUCUUCGCACAAUUUUUAAAUCUAGAUUAACCUCUAGAUGUCUAGCUGCUUUCUUUGUAUGGUUUGUAGCAGGUCUCGUUUACUACGCAAUAUCUUUUUACUCAAAGAGCUUCAGUGAUGAUCGUUACCUAAACACAUUAUUCUGUGCAUUGGCGGAAAUUCCAGCAUAUGUCAGUAGUUUUUAUGCGGUGAAAAUAAUCGGCCGUCAGAGAUCUACUACUUUCUUUCUUCUAACAUGCGGAAUUUUCAGCAUCAUCCUACCGUAUUUACCAGAAGAUCUUUCAUUGGCCAGAACAAUAAUCUCAAUUAUCGGAAAAAGCGCCGUAAGUGCAGUGUUUUAUGUUAUCUACCUGAGCACGUCCGAAAUAGCCCCCACUCUACAAAGAAGUGCAACAAUGAGUAUAGCAUCAUUCUGUUCUCGUGUCGGGGCGUUUAUCGCUCCAUCUGUCAUGUUAAUGGGUAAAAUUGAAUACACCAUACCUAACUGGAUAAUGGGUGGGAUUACUAUUCUGAGUGGAAUUAUUGGGAUCUUCUGCAUUCCGGAAACAAUGAGAGUGAGGAUGCCAGAUACAGUUCAACAAGCUGAGAAUAAUAAACGAUACUAUGGCCUCAAUAUAUUUCGAAAAUUCAAGUCAACUGAAGAUAACACUUAAAGCAAAAAUGAACACCCAAAGACGGAAUUGACAGCCUUGUAAAUGCUUGCCAUUGUUCUAUGAAUUUUUAUGAAUGUAAAUAAAAAAAGGGCAUACGGGUGAAUGAUGCUCAUAUCAUGAUAUUUUAUUAAAUUCACUUUACGCUUGUUACGAGUCAUCUCUCACAUCUCAAUCAA